ACCCUGAAAAACCUAUAUUUGAAGUUCAAGUGAAAUUAUCCUGCAAAUAAAAUUUCAUAUGCAACGUUUUGUAAAUUUCGACCCUUUUGGGUACUGCAACCCAACGUUAAAGAUCGUAACACUUGCACAUGUGUGAUUCAUGCGAAUACAAGUUUAAUUAUUUCAAAAUUAAAGCAUUUGAAAAUAAUUAAUGAGGGCACUCCAGAAGACCUUGUAAAUAAUUUAUGUUGCACAAGUGAAAAAAGGGAGUUAUGCUUGGAAAGAAAGUGUUUCGAAUGCAUUGCUAAGAAAGUAAAAUUUUUACCAUUCAACGAAAAUGAAUAUACGAACUACCAAAAAUUGCUAAUGAAAAGAGAAACCUUAAUAAUAAAGGGACAAGAAAAAAUCUGUACCAAGACUGUCAAAGAGAGAGUAUUAUGCACCAAAAAAGAACUAUGCUCUAUUCUUCAGGACAUUAUACCAAAAUUUUUGCUACAAGUCAGAAACAUAAAGCAUCAGUAUCAAACAAUUGAUACCAUUAAGUAAAAUCUAUCCACAGAUGAGAUAUUUCUGAACAAGUUGAUUUUUCUGAAAAUUACGUGUGUAAGUAUGGCGAAGAAGUUCAGUCUGCGCACUUCGGGGCUUCGAAACCUCAAAUAUCAUUACAUACUGUAAUCGUAUAUUACCGACCUGUUUUUAAUGAAGCUAUUAUUCCCUUAUUAUUCUGUACCAUGUCGGACGAUCUACGACAUGAUCCAGUUGCUAUUUGUGCUCAUUCGGAUCUAAUCAUAACAGAAAUGAAGAAAAUAGUAUCGCAAAUAACAACAGUGCAUUUUUUAAGCGACGGUCCUACAACGUAAUAUUGGAACAAAAAAUCUUACAAAACAAAUGAACGUAGAUAUCUUGAGAUGGCAUUACAGCGAAAGUGGACAUGGAAAAGGGGCGCCCGAUGGAAUUGGGGGUUAUAUAAAAAGACAGGGUGAUCAACUCGUUGCCCAAGGGCAAGAUAUUUCAAAAUUUGCGGCAAUGGUAGAGGUUUUUAAUGGAUCUUCAAAAGUAAAAGUGUUGGGACUGGACAAGAAUGCUAUAUUGAAAAUCGAAACUCUUCUGCCUAUAACUCUUCCUACAUUUAAAGGAACAAUGAAAUGUUACGAAAUAUGUUGGUGUCGAUCAUUUCCAAGCGUCAUCUCUGUGAGAUUCCUCUCCUGUUUGAUAUGUAGCCCAGACGAAACCUGCUCAUACUACAAUCUUGGUCAAAUUCUGCUUUCAUUUAGCGAUGGUACGACUGCAACAGGCAGAGAUCGGCUAAGAUAUGAAGACAUCUUACCCAUCUUCUGAUGAGGAAGUUCCUGCAGCAAAAGAAGACUACGAUGGUUCAAGUGAUGAAGAUAUUCCUCUGCAACAGUAUUACAAAAAUAAAAUGCUUGUAGAACUCAUUAGGCAAGACUCUUUUGUUGUGGUGAAACUUUGUGGAAAAAAAAUAAUUAGGCAUUAUGUAGGUAAAAUAAUUUCAGUGGACAAAAUAACGAAUACACAGUCUCGUUUAUGAAAAAAAUCGGUAAUAAUCUUUUUGAAUUUCCUGAUAAAUCUGACAUUUCUUCAAUCGAU